CUCGCUUCAUGCUUCAGACUUCCUGGUUCGUUUGUUUCAGAGGGGUAUUUUACACAGCAGGAAGAGGCCGUACUCGGUUCGAGAGAAUGUCAUAUCCUCCUUAUGUGUAAAAGAAGAGCGUGUAGUCGAACAGAUCUGUAUUAAAACCGCAAAUAUAUUGAUACUUAAUAAGGAACCGUGCGACGGUAUCAGAAAAAAGGGUGGUGGUCGAGAAAGGGUGUGUGACGUUGAAAUUGUAUUCACACAGCAGUGCAGUUGUGGGGUUGAUACAACAACUAAACAUUGCGGGGCAACGCUUUGCAGAAUACAGUGUCAUCAAUACACAUUAAAACAGUGCGACAAUGGACCGCGCAUCCUAGAAUGCGCAGCCCGGCUCACCGGUGCAGGGAUAUCGAGAGGCAAGCCGGCUACCUGCAGCCUGACCAGUGUGUGCCUCCCCCCCCUCGCGCCACCACGGACAGCAUGUGGUUCAUCCAGGAUGGCUGCGGCAUCGUCUGCGGCGUUAUCACCUGGCUGCUGGUCUUUUACGCAGAGUUUGUGGUGCUGUUCGUCAUGCUGGUGCCCUCCAAGAGCCUAGUGUACAGCAUAAUCAAUGGAGUCCUUUUCAAUGUGCUGGCCUUCCUCGCCUUGGCCUCCCACUUCAGAGCCAUGCUGACAGACCCGGGAGCAGUGCCAAAAGGGAAUGCCACGAAGGAGUUUAUUGAAAGUUUACAGCUGAAACCAGGCCAGGUGGUCUACAAGUGUCCCAAGUGCUGCAGCAUCAAGCCGGACCGAGCCCAUCACUGCAGUGUUUGCAAGAGGUGUAUUCGGAAGAUGGACCACCACUGCCCCUGGGUCAAUAACUGCGUAGGGGAGGAAAACCAGAAGUACUUUGUGCUGUUUACAAUGUAUAUAGCGCUGAUAUCCUUGCAUUGCCUUGUGAUGGUAGUGUUUCAUUUCCUUUAUUGCUUCGAAGAAGACUGGGCAAAGUGCAGUACCUUCUCACCUCCUGCGACAGUGAUCCUGCUCAUCCUGUUGUGUUUUGAGGGGCUCCUUUUCCUCAUUUUCACAUCUGUGAUGUUUGGGACCCAAAUCCAUUCAAUUUGUACUGAUGAAACAGGAAUAGAACGGCUUAAAGGCGAGACUCCCACUUGGGAGAGGAAGAGGUGCUGGGAGGGGAUGAAGGCUGUCUUUGGGGGCCCCCUGUCCCUGGGCUGGUUCAGCCCUUUCUCUGGCCUGAGCUGUGAGAAGAGGCCGUCCACUCGGGUCCAUGCUGCGGAGGGAGAGAUCAUCAGGGAGGAUGUCAUUGAAGUCCUGGAGGAAUGCUAAGAACUUUCCUGUUACUGGAUCUGUAUUGUUACCUAAAGUAUACUCAAACCUGAGGGGACCAAUAUAAUCUGUGCCUUAACUGCUUUUAUACUUGAACUCAAAAAUAACUUGAGGUAACUGACAAGGUGCUCAGUAUGCUUACUUACCCUUUCUGAAAACAGAAAUAGAAAGUGAACUUGUGAGCCAAGCCAUAAACCUGCCACGUGGAGCCAGCAAAUAUAAUGUCCAACAAGAUUUAAGGACUAACCCCAUACUCCGUAAAAGGUAUUCUAAUGUAUCUUACAGGUGUAGGUGUUAUUGCAUCACUGUAUAAUGUGAGGCCAAUUUGCUUGAAAGUCGAAAACAGUUUAAUUGAGAUGCUGCAGUAUUAAAAACCUCAGAAUAUAGCCUUUUCACAGGGACACAAUGUGGUUUCUUUUCAAAUUGACCUCCAGUAGCCACGUUAAUGUUACAAAACAGAAAAACAACUGGAGAGAGUUUGAGGGACAUUGCAUUAUGUCUUAGUUUUUUGGUUUGUGUUAUUGUCAAAUGAACAACUGUUUUUUCUACAUAAAAAAAAAAAACAAGUUAAUUAAAGACAGGAGGAAAAUUGAAUAGGUGGCAUCCAACAAAUUAUACAAUUCCUAUACAGUUCCUUAACAUCUAUUUAAGAAGACACUUGACUAAAUGAUCAGAUUUGUAGUUUAAAAGUAUAGAUCCAAAAUUGGUUUUAAUGUUAUGUAACCUGCAAGAUCAAUAAAGGUCCACCAGGUAAAGGCAUAUCUGCAUGGCUGACUGGGUUGUUCCUGGUCUGUGCUGGUAAUUCCAAGUUGCGCUUAUAAUAUUAGAACACAAAUAACAAUUAUAAUAUGACAAAGAUGUCUUUGUGGGUUUACUGGUUGAUAGAAGCAGGUGACUGCUUAGUUAAGGUGACCACAAAAACAAAAUCGAUAAAACUUGUUUGGAACAUGUAGCUCCCUAAUGCAAGUGUAAGAAUAACUGAUCCUGAAAUAUUUAUAAUUUUCCAUUGAUAAUUUGAUGCAGCAUACACUGUGAGGAUGUUUGGGUUGAUGGUUAUAUCCCCCCCUGCAAAUUAGAUGUUGUGCUUUUGAAUGGUAAUAAUUGAAAAAAAGCAAUCAUACAUUAUAUAUUGUAUCUAAACAUUCAUGCCAAGUUGGCUAAUUAACAAAAUUACUAAUUUACUGAAAUUACUUUUUUUUUUCAAAUGUCUGUUUUUUAUUGUUUUUAUUUUAUAAACGACAGGAUACAAUUAAAAAUCUGAAGUCUGUACUACCCAGAGAUAGAAAAAAGUAAGUUUUUAGACUUAAAAUGUCCUGCAGUGCUAUAAUUUAUCCCCCAUUAUCGAGUAUUGAGGGAACAGUUGGUAAAAGCUAAUACUAAUGUACUGUAUAUGCCAAAGCAGCCAGUAUGGUGGUAAAUGUGCUGAUGUAUUUUUAAGUUACACAAAGAAGUCAAAAUAUAACUUCAAAGCUUUUAUUGAAUUCAAAACAUAAUGGAGGAUGCCAGGAUGUGGGUCAAUAGGGAAAAGGAUGGUUAGUGGACCUGACCCCACAACAACCCCCAGGAACCGGAAGCCAGUCCAUGGUGGAGGGGAGGCAGAUGCUUAAAAACAAUGACAGGAGGCGAUACAAAUUAUGGGGUAUGUCUUCAAUUCAAAUAAUAAAUAAAAAAAAGCUGUUGCUUUCAUAAAAUCUGUCCUGUGUUCUUGGAGAAGUCAAAAAUUAUUUUGUUAGCAAUUGUACAUUUAGAAAGCACGCAGAUUACUUUGACCUAGGCUCAGAAUGUAUUGAACACCCCUCUUCUUAUCUCCACCCUGUUCCUUUCAUUUCAGUUGUCAGUUCCACAGCACACCCGCUAUUGGCAUGUCUCGGGUGUCAUGUCCAGUUAGUGUUGGUGGAUUUCUCAAUGGUACGUCCAUUGAUCUGGUCCGGGUUGAUAUUUGCAAUGAUCUCACCCUCCCAGCUUCUCCAGGGCGUGCACAGGAUUUAGG